AACACUUAUUUACACAAAAUAUAACAAAUUUACUUAAAUCCGUCUAGGUUCUGCCUAGCCAUCUAGCCACUGGGCCCUAGCCCACCACCCGAUUAGCUCGUAGCGUCUUUUAGAACCUUGUUUAUUGUUAGUCGAUUUUCAUGCUUUGUUAUUUACGAUUUCAAUCACGUACCUUGGUAAAGAAUUCAAACUCUAGUCCAAACAUAAGAAGAAACGAUUCAAUUUUGUCUUUUCUCUAUUUUCUUUUAUAAUGUGGACAAAAUGAUCUACGUAUGCGAUGAGGUAACAAAGACCAUAUGGUUCAAAACGUCAAAGCGUUGAUAUAUUCAAAGAUAACGACUUUGCCAGGACAUGACCUUUUUUAAAAAGAAGUCGUCCUCAAAUCCCAAGUCGCAAAGUAAUAUAUUGUAUCUUUCAGCUCAUUGUUUAGUAUCAACUCUCUUCAUCACCAUCUAUUGUUUGAGCUGCUUUGUGCAUUCUGUCAAGUCCCCAUGGAAACUAAAUCCCAUAAGCAGCUUCACAUUUUCUUCUUCCCAUAUAUGGCUCAAGGGCACACCAUACCCCUUAUAAACAUGGCCAAACUAUUUGCUUCUCAUGGUGUAAAAUCCACCCUAAUGACCACCCCUCUCAAUGCACCUCUCUUUUCCAAAGCAAUCCAAAGCACCAAGCAAUUGGGAUUUGAUAUUGAAAUUCUUGUCAUUAAGUUCCCAACUGAGGAGGUAGGGUUGCCUCAAGGAUGUGAAAGUGGUAACUUAGCUACCACCACUGAGAUGAAGGAAAAGUUCUUCAAAGCCACCUUCCUUCUUCAACCACAAAUUGAGCAGAUUUUAGACGAACACCGCCCUCAUUGCCUCGUUGCAGACGCUUUCUUUCCUUGGGCAACAGAUCUUGCCGCCAAGUUUGGUAUUCCAAGGAUCGUAUUUCAUGGUGUUGGUUUUUUCGCUCUGUGUGCUACUCUUAGUGUGCUGUUGUACGAGCCUCACUUGAAGCUGUCAUCGGAUUCAGAAGUUUUUACUAUUCCUAAUUUUCCAGUUGAGAUCAAGCUGAUAAGUAGCCAAAUACCGGCCUUUAUCAAGCAAAAUGCUGAAACCGAAUUCACCAAGUUGUUUAAAGCUGCGAGAGAGUGUGAGGAAAAGAGCUUUGGGUUUAUUGUUAAUAGCUUUUAUGAACUUGAACCGGCUUUUGCAGAUCAUUACAGGACAGCGUUUGGGAGGAAGGCAUGGCAUAUAGGCCCGAUUUCGUCAUGGAAUAAGGCAGCAGAUGACGAAGCUUCCCUUGAUCAGCACAAGUCCUUGAAUUGGAUUAAUUCUAAGAAACCAAAUUCAGUUGUUUACAUAUGUUUUGGAAGUAUGACCAAUUUCAUUGACUCUCAGCUCCUAGAAAUUGCAGCGGGGCUUGAGGCUUCUGGGCAGGGAUUCAUUUGGGUUGUGAAGAGAGAAAAGAAUGAUAAAGAAGAGUGGCUUCCUCAAGGAUUUGAGAAGAGAAUGGAAGGUAAAGGACUAAUUAUAAGAGGUUGGGCUCCACAAGUGCCGAUUCUUGAGCAUGAAGCAAUCGGAGGCUUUGUGACGCAUUGUGGGUGGAACUCUAUCCUUGAAGGAGUGUCUGCCGGGGUACCAAUGAUCACAUGGCCUGUGUCGGCUGAGCAGUUUUACAAUGAGAAGUUGGUGACUCUGGUACUGAGAACUGGGGUUGCUGUUGGUGUUAAACAAUGGAGUACAUUUGUAGAUGUGAAGAAGGAAGCCAGUGUGAAGAGGGAAGCCAUAGAAAAGGCUAUAAAUCAAGUCAUGGUGAGUGAAGAAGCAGAGGGAAUGAGAGCCAGAGCCAGCGUACUUAGAGAGAUGGCAACGAGGGCUGUUAAGGAAGGUGGUUCGUCCUUCUCGGAUUUAACUUCUCUACUUGAAGAAUUGGGGUCCCUUGGAGCAUGAAGUACUUUCAGCCAAAAUAACAUCACUUGUUUUUGUUGUGUGCGUUUUUAUGGAGAUUAAUCCAAUUUUUGCGGCAUCUGUAUCUAAAAUUUCAAAUUAAUAGCAAAUGAAAGAAAAAGAAUAUCUAUAUAUUUGAUACAA